AUGUCUUCUUCUUGUGUUGAAACAGAUGCAGCAGCUGUGAAGGAAGCAGCAGAGGAAGUGGUGAAGGCCUCCAGGUCAACAGGGGGCGCCAGAGCAGCCAAGAUGGUCUCAGCCAAGAGUACAGAGUCAGUGGACGGAGUCAGCAGUCCAGGAAGUCGCUCUCCUGCCAGUCGACCAUCAACUCCAAACAGAGACGUCAGGAAGGUGGCGGUGGUCCGGACCCCCCCCAGGUCUCCUGGUUCUGCUCGUGGACGGACACCCCCCCUCCCCUCCCACCCGAUGCCUGACCUCAGCAAUGUGAAGUCAAAGAUUGGAUCAACGGAGAACCUGAAGCACUCACCUGGAGGGGGCAAGGUUCAGAUUGUCACUAAGAAGAUGGAUCUCUCUAAUGUGACAUCAAAAUGUGGCUCUAAAGACAACAUCUACCACAAACCAGGUGGAGGGAAGGUGGAGAUUAAAUCAGAGAAGCUGGAUUUUACAACUGUUCAGUCCAAAGUGGGUUCUCUGGAGAACAUCACGCAUGUGGCAGGAGGAGGGAGGAAGAAGAUCGAGAGUCAGAAGUUGACCUUCAGAGAGAGCGCCAAAGCUCGAACAGACCACGGUGCCGUCAUCAUCGACCAGCCUGACUCCUCCCCUUCUCGCCUCAGCAACACUUCCUCCCCCGGAAGCCUUAACCCUGCUGAAGCUCCGCCCCUCGACGAUCUGGUAGACCAGGUGUCCGCCUCUCUCACCAAACAAGGCCUGUGAUUGGAUGACCCUGUGCCUGCAGACCCCACCCCCUCCUGUUACCAUGGAAACUGCCUGAUGGAUGAAGAGCUUCAUGUGUGACAUCACACUUGGAGGGAUUUUAUCAAGUUUAAGUUCACACAUGUCUCUGAUUCCUUCUCAGUCUCAUCUGUGUGUGUGUGUGUGUGUGUGUGUGUGUGUGUGUAUAUGUGUGUGUUUUCAGCACACACACACACACACACACACACACACAUACUCACAUCAGGGCGGAGUUAGCCUAGCUUAGCACAAACUCUGCUAGUUCAGAGAAGCUGAUCAGACAGAGGUGAGGUUGAGUCUGAGUGAAGCUUCAACACGUCCUUAAACACUUUUCAGGGGCCUUGAGUUUGUUCCAGGAGUCCUUGAAGAAGUCUGAGAGGUCCUUGAGGAAGUUCCAGGUAUGAAAACAAAACGUGUUAGAAACAUGUCCUCGUUCAUGCUGACAGUAAGUUACAUCAUCAACACAGAUUCAUCUGAGCAAACGCUCCAGAGCAGGAAGUUUGUUUAACCCUUUAAAACCUGACCUCCCUCAGUCCGCCGCAGGAGGUUGUCGUUUGUCCGAUCCUCUUUAAACAGAUCUGAAAUAAAAACCAGAACAACAAACCUUCAUUCUUUCAGCAGCAGGAAGUGAAGGCGUCUGUCCUCACCGUCAUCACGUUAUACGCUCAUACACUCAUCAUUGCGCCACGUUGUGUGUGGUGCAAAACUGUGCGUCAAUGCAACGUGGUGUCAGAGGGCUGACGUCUGCUGCUCAUAAAAAAGGUCACAUCUAAAUAAAGUAAAUAAUGAUGACAGUUUAAAUUACCGAUGGAGGGUACAGAAAUAUUUUCUUUGUUUUUUCAUUUUGUAAAAUCUUAUGUGAAAACAGAGUUUUUUUAUUAUUGUAUUAACGACAUCAUCUCAGUAAUUUUAUUAAUAAUUCAGUUUUAUUGACUCUUAGUUUUUAGUUUUUAGCUCAGGUUCAGAUUUUAUUGAUAUGACUUGUGUAUACAUUCUCCAGGAAAUUACAUCACAAUAAUCAGAAAUACAAACGCAGGCAGUGAAGGAGCUACUGCAGAGUGUGAAGGGUUAAUGUCAGACAGCUGGACCAAGAGACGAGGACACACGCCCCCAGUCCCAAAUGGAUCCCUUACAGACUCGUUGACUGAAGCCCUAAGCCCUUACAGACUUAGGACCAAUUCCAUUUCUUCCCCUUAGCCCUUGUCUUGGUCCUUCCCCUUGGUUUUGCACAUUCAUGUGAGGGGAAGUGGUGUCCCAAUUCUCUGUCAGGUUAAGAGCUAACCUGAUGGAGGAUUGGGACACCACUUCCCCUCAAGUCAACGAGUCUGUAAGGGAUCCAUUUGGGACUCGGGGACUCUGUCCUGAGAACGUGUCUCUGAACUGAUCGAUGUAAACACACAUCUGCGCUCGUCUCAGCUUCUCCACCCGGAACAAUUAAACUCUGGGUUCUAUUUCACGAGAACCAGACUAGGUUCCAUCAGUGUUCAGGUGGAGGUUCCAUCAGAGUUUAGGUGGAGGUUCCAUCAGUGUUCAGGUGGAGUCAUGAUGAGUCUGAGGAAACAGAGAAGGCGCUAACCCAUACUAACUGCAUGUAUAAGGUAGCUUCCUAGCUUAGCUUAGCUUAGCUUAGCUUCCUGUAUAAAAUCCCUCCAAUCACAGACAGUGUCUGUUUGUGAUGUCAUCCCUCUCAGCCAAUCAUCAUCUGUUCUGUGUCUCUGAAACCCGGCGUGCUAUUGGUCCCCGUGAUGACCCCCCCCCCCCCCCAAUGUCCCAGGAUGCAGUUUCAUACCAGCCAGGUGCCAAAAACAACCCGCUGUCUC